ACGCAGCCGCAGGCCGGCGCCGCUGCCGCCGUUGCCGGGUAACGCGGCGGUGCGGCGGCGAAGGCGGCCCGGCCGCGCAGGGGCCGCGAUGCUGGACCCGGACCGCGGGCUGUCCCUCACCAUCGCCAGGGUCGUGCAGCGCCUGCAGGGCUCCAGCCUCCACUCCCAGCUGGAGCGACAGGCCCGGGUUAGCCUACACAAACCAGAAAUUAAGCUGGAAUCUCUGAAAGAGGAUAUUAAGGAUUUUCUGAAGACAUCAGGUUGGGAAAAGAAGCUUCAGAAUGCUGUGUAUAGUGAACUUAAUGUGUUUCCUUCGCCCUGUCAUCCUGCAGCACCGCCUGAACAUAUUAAAGAACCUUUAGCCUAUAUGAGGAAAGCACAGGGAAGCUGGGAGAAGCGAAUUCUGAAAAGUCUGAACAGCAUGUGCACAGAACUCAAUAUUCCACUAGCACAGAAGAGGCCUGCAAAUGAACAAAAAGAACUGCUUAAUAAAUGGAAUGAAAUGGGAACUGAUGAGCCAGAUCUAAGUCUUUUCCGGCCUGUUUAUGCACCUAAAGAUUUUCUUGAGGUACUGAUGAAUCUUCGAAACCCAAAUUAUGAAAAUGGAGAGCAGCCUAGUUUCAGAAAUCAUCUGGGACUAAUUCAGGUUCCCUUAAAAGUUAAAGAUAUUCCAGAACUGAAAGAAAACUUUAGUGAGCUAGGCUUAAAUAUAGGACAGCUGGGUAUUGAUGAUUCAGCACAAGUACCUCCUGAGUUCUUUGAAAAUGAACAUGUAUGUGUUGGGCAGAAAGUUUUAGCAGAGCAAGAUAGUGCUGCAGCUCAGCAGUAUGUUCGUCAGGGAUGUCCAACAGCACUCCGAGCUGAUCUGUGGGCACUCAUUCUUAACAUUUCUAAUCAGCCAGAGGACAUCUUGUAUUAUGAACAGCUUAAGUCAAAUGUGAUUCAACACAACCUUUUAGUGGACAGCCUGAUCUACAAAGAUGUAAAGCUGACAGCAAGCAAUGAUGACUAUUAUUUUGUAUUUGAGGAUUAUUUAUAUCAGGUGUUGCUGUGUUUUUCCCGAGAUACAUCUGUCCUGGAGCAUUUUACUUACAGUAGUGCCAACCCACCCAAAUCAUACAUACAAGGAAAACUUGGAAUGGAAGAAUAUGCUGUUUUCUAUCCUCCAAAUGGUGUAAUUCCUUUUCAUGGAUUUUCUAUGUAUGUUGCUCCACUUUGUUUUCUGUACCAUGAACCUUCCAAAUUGUAUCAGAUAUUCCGUGAGAUGUAUGUGCGUUUUUUCUUCAGACUCCAUUCCAUCUCUUCUCAUCCCUCUGGCAUUGUAUCACUGUGUUUGCUUUUUGAGACUCUUCUACAAACCCAUCUGCCCCAGCUCUUCUAUCACCUCCGAGAAAUUGGAGCUCAGCCGCUACGAAUUUCAUUUAAAUGGAUGGUACGAGCAUUUUCUGGUUAUUUAGCUACAGACCAGCUCUUGCUUCUGUGGGACAGAAUCCUGGGAUACAAUUCUCUAGAAAUUCUUGCUGUCCUGGCAGCUGCUGUGUUUGCUUUCCGAGCAGUCAACCUGAUGGAGGUGACAUCACUGGCUGCAGCUGAAGCUGUACUUGCUGACCUUUCAACCCUGAAGGUUAUGCCUCUUCUUCAAAUCUUCUUGUUUGCUACUGUCACUUGAUCUGUUUCAACAAUACUGGUACCACAUUCCAGUCUUUCUGGAGAAGCUAAGCAUCAACUAUGCAAUGUCUGCAUACAACCAAAAUUAAACUCCAUGUAUAAAAUCAAUUUAGAAAUAAUUACCUUAAUAUUUUCUAACUGGAAAAAAUAACUUUACACACAAUUGUGUGAAGAGCAUGCUAAUGAAUUCCACUGUAAAAGCGAUGGUUAUUAUUUGUACAUUGAGAAUGACUACUUGUGCAAGUAAAUAAUAUGAAUCACUGUCUAAAAUGCAUGUAAUAUUAAAUUAAAUAAAGUAAACUUAAUUCGUGA